UUUAGUUAGUAUAUAGUUUAUUUCGAAACUGUUUAAUUUUAAUUGAUAAAAAAUUGUGAAUUUUAAAAAUUGUUAAAUAUUCUCUUAAAAUAAUAAUAUGUUACUCACUAAAUGGAUAUUAAUAAUUCGUUUUAUUCAAACAAUCAACCAAUCAAUAUGUGUUGAUCUAAAUAACAUUACAGUUGAGGACAUAGACACUCUUGAAAGCGAAUACGAAGAUAUGAAAUGUGUCAAGCUUAUAGAACAUCCUUAUUAUAUAAAAUCACGCAAUGAGGAAAACUUUUGUCCUGUACCUUGGAGUCAUGCAGUAGACUGUGAAGAAGUUCCUUAUGAAGGUAUAGAAAUAGUAAACAAAAGUUUGACAGAUGUGGUUCAAAGAUGUAGGAGCAAAAAAAAAUUUAAAUUGGCGUAUACGAUUUAUUUGAACGCUAUUGAAAGUAUAGUCUUCACAUUUAUGUAUCGGUUCUGCGAGUUUGCUAUAGAAAUGAAUAAAAGAUGUGCUGAAAUAUCAUUUUACUUAAAAUUAUUUAGUGAUAAACUUACUGAACUUAUACCGAUAAUUAAUAGAGAAUGGAUUUCUCCUGAACCGUAUGAAUGUAUUUUAGAUGUUUACAAAAAAUACGAAAAAAAAAAUAACAAAUACAAAUUUAAAAAAGAAAACGGAAUAUACAGAAGGGAUUUAUUAAACUGCAUGAAAUUAAUAAAAGAUAAAUUAAACUUUUUAAAAGAACCUCAUGAAGUAUCAAUGAAGUACAUGUCUAUACGCAAAUUAGAAAACUACCAUGAUUUAAAUAAUCAAGUUAUUAGAGAUCACUUAACUUUAGAACAAUUUUCUUCUGGUUACAAAGAUAUAACUGGAGAUAAACAUCAAAGCUAUUGUAUAAGAUGCAAGAAAGAACACAUAGGUACGACUAAUGAAGUUUAUAUUUUAUCACCAUGUGGACAUGGCUGGUGCUGUAAAUGGUGUAGUCGACAAUUGACUGAGUGUCCAGUAUGUGAUCAAGAGGUUACAAGUACUCAAAAAUUAAAUAUACGAACAUCUGUGUCAAUAGUUACUGAAAAGUAUUGGAACUUACAGACGAGAUGUGCCAUAGAUAGACGAAAAGUGCGUUGUGUAAGAUGUCGUAGUCAUAUUAUAGAUGAUGAUGAUCAUUCAAACAGACACAUAAUGAUACCAUGUGGUCAUGGUUGGUAUUGUAGUAAAUGCAUUAAGGAAAAUAAGUGUUCAUUAUGUCCCAGGGAAGUAACAGAUAAACUGUGUGUAAAUUUGAAAAAAAAAAAUGAAUAAAUCUAUUAAUGUUAUUUCUUUAAUUAAUAUUGCUUUGAUUUGUACAAAAUUACAUUUUUAAAUAAUGCAGUUCAAAAUUAAACAUUACGAAAACAUGAUUAAAUUAUUAAAAAAUUUAUUGGUACUAUAUGCUUGCUACUGGAUAUUACAAUAGAAAUGCAUUAUAUUGUUUGUUUAUAAUUAAGGCCAUAUAUUUGGUUUUAUAUAACUAUAAAAAUACUUUUUAUAUAAUUGAAUUUCAUUU